AUGCCCGCUCGGUUCUGCGGCGCCGGCAAGUUAUUGGUUGCGCUUGCUUUCUUAGCAUGCGUCAGCGGUGUCUCGGCGACGAACACUGCCAUUGUCCAUACUGCUCCAUGGUACGGUCUCCAUGGCCCUGACCAAGCUCACGACCAGACCAAGCUCACGACCAGACCAAGCGGCGGCCACUCGAGGCCAGUAGUGGAUGAAAAUGACGAAGAGAGAGGAAUCGGAAUUGGCGACAUUCCCGGCGCUGCGCAGCUCAUCUACAAGAUGACGUCGGACAAGCAAAAGGCCGCCAACCGACUGUUUCAACACUUCAACCUUGGCAACAAAGCAUCCAACAUGUUCACGAAUGCCAAGUUUCUGGAGUGGAAGAAAACCGUGGCCAUGUCGUUCAAGACGAACCCCGAAGCGGCAAAUGCAGCGAUGUACUUAACGAUGAAAUCUCAACUUGGAGACGAAUCCCUGGCGAAAAUGCUAGCUACGGAGAGAGAAGUAUCGGCCACGGCGUCGACUGCAAAGGAAUUGCAGGCCGUCCAGUUCGCCCAUUGGAUUAGCAGUGACGUAAGGGCAGACGGCGCGUUCAAGCUCUUCAAACUUGACCGUGGAGAAGACAACAUCUUUGCCAGGCCGGAAUUUCGCAGCUGGAUUUCGUUCUUGAUCAGGCGGAAAGAUGAGAGUCCAGUCGACGGGUUGUUGACGACAGCGAUGAUGUAUGGGUUACACGCGCACUACAGUGAUGAAGCCCUUGCAAAGAUGACAUUCGCUGCGAAGGAGGUGCCUAGAUCGAGUAAUGCCGCGACAAAAGUGCAGAACGCGCUCUUCUCGGAAUGGACAAGUAAAACGGAAGUCGACGUGUUCAAACUCCUCAAAUUGGACAAGGCGGGAGACGACAUUUUCCAAAGCCCCACGUUCAGCACUUGGGUCUUGUACCUGCGCGAGCUGGAACGCACAGAUGAUGAUCUAGCCGUGAAAAUUAUCGCUGUUCUGAGGGAGCGUUUCGGCGAAGGGGACUUGGCAAAGAUGCUUUACACCGCGAAGCAAGAUGCACCUUUCGCCGACAAACUUGUCAUCUCCAACUUACAGAAAGCGCAGUUUACAAGAUGGAGAGAGCAAGGUAAGAACCCCGCUAGGUUUUUGCCCGAUGCUGACCCGACGACCGUAGCUAUUGUUAAGAGUUACCGAGACUUUUACCACUCCUAG